AUGGAUUAUAGGACAUUCAACUUUUCCCAUAACGAAUUCUACUUGAUUGGAUUCACGGAUUUGAAAGAGUUUCGGCAGUAUCUGUUCAUCCCAUUUUUAGUCUUGUUUGUUUUCCAAUUGUUUGCGAAUGGAAUUAUAAUGUUUGUGAUUAUAAAAGAAAGAAAGUUGCAUGCUCCCAUGUACAUUCUGAUUGGGUUCAUUGCGGCUCUGGGCUUUAUAGAACCAAUAUUUCUUCUUCCAAGAAUGUUAGUCAGUUUUCUGUUUGGCAGAAAUAUGAUUUAUAGAAACGAAUGUCUCAUUCAAAUGUUUUGUCUGCAUAUGGCGGGUUUGUUCCAGUCAAGUAUAUUGGUCGGGAUGGCAGUGGACCGAUUUUUUGCCAUCAUUUUCCCCUUGCAGUACCAUGAGUAUGUAAACUUUAAAACCUCAUUAAUAUUCUGUUUGUCUCUUUUUAUCCGUAACUUGCUUUAUGUUGCCUCAAUGGUUGGUUUGCUUGGUCCACUCUAUUUUUGUAAAUCAAACGAGAUUUACCACUGUGUUUGUGAACACACAUCAGUUGUUAAUUUAGCCUGUGGUGAUCUUACUAAGAAUUACGUGGCGGGUGUAAUCGGUUUCAGUUUAACAUCAAGCGACUGUGUAUUCAUUGUCUGUUCUUACAUUGUUAUUUUUGUGAUUAUAUUUCGUUCUCCUUCAGGCGAGUCGCGCCAAAAAGCUAUCUAUACAUGUAGCACACAUUUAAUGGUCUUGGUCGUGGCCUUUCUCUCUGUUGUUGGUGCAUUUGCUGGCUAUAGGAUUCCUUCAAUACCUAGAGAUCUACGUGUGCUAUGUACCUUGGGAUAUCUUAUUCUUCCGAACUGUUUUAACCCAGUAAUCUAUGGCAUGAGAACCAAAGAAAUCAGAGUUCAAAUUGUUAAAUAUUUAUCUUCUAAUAAGGUUAAUCUACAUUAACCUUGAGAUAUGAUUUCAUUUGUUGUAUCUUUGUUUUCUGUUCCAACUUACUGUGUACAUGGAUGAUGUUUGUAAUUAGUCUGUAAUUUGUACAUACAUGUUAAUAAUACAUCAACUUUUGUUA